AUGGCUUCUACUUCCGCUCCUCAACCCUCGCGUUCGCCCUCUCCUUCUUCCCGAACUUCUUCAUCUUCCUCUCCCCAACUCCAGGAUCUUGAUAACCUCCCUUCCCCCACUGCUUCUCAUGAUUCCCAAACUGUUCCCAGUUCUUCUCAGCCUAAGAAAAGGGACAUGUCUUGGAGGAAGAAGUGCAGGGACAAUCUGCCCACUAUUGCUUCUCCUGUUCCCAGUGGGGAGCAUGGUACCAGGGGUUCUGCUUCUGGGACAAGCCCCUCAGAACAGCCAAUUGAAGCCGAGCUGGUCGCCCUCCCUCCUGUGGUAGAAGUCCCAGAGGGAAAUGUGGAAGUCUCACGCCCCUUUGAUGCCGAGGGGGUUGAUGCGGGUAGCCUUAUUCACAGGCGUGGCCGCUCCCAUGCUGGUGAUACAUCUGGUGCCGAUGAAGGAGAUGUCCAGAUUGUGGACAUUACCGAUGAAGUUCCCUCGCCUGAUUCGGUCCCUGGUGUCACCCUCUCCGAACUAUCAAAGAAAAGGAAGAGAGGUUCCCUGAUCUCCGUCGGUGAAAAAGAGAGACAGGAGGGCCUGAAGAAGGCCAGCAAGUCUUCAGAGCCAGCGAAGAAGUCUGCUGGUGGUUCGAAGGUUCUCUCGUCUGCCAUGGAGAAGGGCAAGGGGCCAGCAAAGAAGUCUGCUGGUAGCUCUAAAGUUCCCGCUUCUGCCGGGGGAAAAGGCAAGGGGAAAUCUGUGGUGUCCCCUGCUGAUGAACCAGCAGAUGUUGUUCCUGGGCCGAUCUCGAGUUUGUCGGGUCAAGGGCUAAUUGAUGCCUUGAUAGCUCGUGUCCACUCAAAGGACCAGGAGAAAGUGGAGCAAUUGUCCCGGGGAGCUUUAGCCACUCAGUUAUGCCAGUUGGCUCUUCAGGUGGAGGCUCGGAUGUGGGGAGCUGUUAAGUGCAUCCACGACUACGACAUGGCAGAGAAAGAAAGAGAGAAGGAGCAGGCGGACAUCGCCAAGCGUGAUGAUGAUGUCGCUGGGGUGGUGGAGCGUCUAAGUAAGGCUGAAGCAGAAAUUGCUGAGUUGAAGGCUCAGCUGGCUCAAGCAGAGGUGGAAAAGUCUUCCCUGGUUUCUGAACUGACCAGGACGACCAAGGAAGGCCAUGAGAACUUGGCCCGGUUCAAGGCAGGAUAUGAAGAAGCCUACAAGGAGACCCGACGGGGUUGGAAGAAAACGCUUGUGGAGGCGCAGCAUCGUGCCUAUGUCUUGGGGGCGCGAGAUCAACGCCUGGAGUAUUUCUUGUCUCCGCAGGGUCAACACUUUCUGGGGUUGAUGCUGGAAGGCACUUUGGCGGCCUUCAAGCGGACUCAAGAGUACUUGGAGGAUUUCGGACCCCUCUUUGCCUACGUGAUACAGCAGUCCGCCUCCAAGGCGUUAGAGAUGGCGGGGGCGACCUCGGAGCAGCUCGCUACCCUGGAUUUGCAUGCCCUGAUGGAUAACCUCCAAGAUGAGGAGAUAAACAAGCUGAUGGGGAUCCCUGUGGAUUCUCCGAAGAAACCAGAAUGGUGGUAUCCAGUGCUGGAGAGGGCUAUUCCCUAUUUCGCCUUUGGGGUUGGGUCUGUUUCAGUGCCCUCUGCUCCAUUGUACGCGCCUGCCUUCUCUGCUUCCCUGGCGGGCUUUGUGAAUCGGCUGCGGGACCCCACCAACAAAAGCACCCGAAGGUUUUCUCAGUAUGGUGUGGUGCCUCCUCUGCCCUCCGACUUAGCGGCCUUCGUUCCUGAAGAUUCCGCUUCCUCCUCCGCUGUGAUGAAUCAGCUUUUUACCUUGUACCGAGAUGAGAAGACGUUUGUGCAAGAAGCUGUAAAAUUGCUGGACCUGGGAGUUCGUCUCCCCGAGGUAAAGGAAGUUGGCAUGUUGCCCGUGUUCGCAGAGGGAGCCGUUUUUGGCCAAGUCUCUACGAGUGAUGUUCCUCCCCCGGUUUCAUCUACCUCUGCUCCUGCCCCUUCUGCCAUUGAUAGAGAUGCUUCCGUUCCUCCUGCCUGA